UUCGGGAAUUAGGAGAAAGCAAACUCUCUCGGAGGGGUGUGUGUGUGUGUGUGUGAGAGAGAGAGAGAGAGAGAGAGAUGGGAGAGGGAGAGAGCAUAGUAGAAGUCGAGGUAGAAGGAGAAGGAGAAGAGAAGGAGACAACAUCAACAUGGAACCUUGGGAAACAUAGCCAGAUAGUGCAGUUAUCGGAGAAGCUGAUGAAUGGGAACCUUAACUCGAAGAUAGAAGCUGCCAGAGAAAUUAGGAAGGUUGUUCGCAAAUCAUCAUCGUCUAAGACACGCUCCAAAUUCGCCGCUGCUGGUGUCAUUCAACCACUUGUCUUCAUGCUCUCUUCUUCCAACAUCGAUGCACGUGAAUCUUCUCUCCUCGCUCUCCUCAAUCUCGCUGUUCGCAACGAACGAAACAAGGUCAAAAUAGUGACAGCUGGUGCCAUGCCUCCUCUGGUGGAGCUCCUCAAGAUGCAAAACAGUAGUAUAAGAGAAUUAGCUACGGCAGCAAUCUUGACACUCUCAGCUGCUGCAGCCAACAAGCCCAUUAUUGCUGCUUCUGGAGCUGCACCUCUCCUUGUUCAGAUUCUCAACUCUGGAAGUGUUCAAGGCAAAGUUGAUGCUGUUACAGUCCUCCAUAAUCUUUCCACUAGCAUUGAGAAUUCCACUGAACUUAUUGAUGCUAGUGCUGUUUCCCCUCUUAUCAAUCUCCUUAAAGAGUGCAAGAAGUAUUCCAAGUUUGCAGAAAAAGCUACAGCAUUACUUGAACUCCUUUCCAACUCCGAAGAGGGACGAAAUGCAAUCUCGAAUGCAGAUGCUGGAAUUUUAACCCUAGUAGAAACAGUUGAAGAUGGAUCACUUGUCAGCACAGAGCAUGCUGUUGGAACUUUGCUAUCAUUAUGUCAAAGCUGCCGAGAUAAAUACCGGGAACUGAUUCUUAAAGAAGGAGCAAUCCCGGGUCUGUUACGACUGACAGUGGAGGGCACAGCUGAAGCUCAAGAAAGAGCCCGUGUGCUUCUGGAUUUGCUCAGAGAUUCUCCCCCAGAAAAAAGACUAGCCCCCUCAGUUUUGGAGAAAAUUGUUUAUGACAUUGCUGAACGGGUAGAUGGAGUAGAUAAAGCUGCUGAAACUGCCAAAAGGUUAUUGCAAGAUAUGGUUCAAAGGAGUAUGGAACACAGCAUGAACUGCAUCCAGCAUAGGGCUGCAUCUUGUACUCCUUCUGUGAUUCCAUCCACUUGAAGUAUACCUUUUUUGCUCAACAAGCAAUCAUGAACAAUUCAGUUUUAACCUGUACAUAUGUUGUUUUUUUUUUUUUUUUUUCUUUUGGGGCCAGCAAGUAUUUUAGCUAGAUCACCAUCAAAAGCGAGUCUAAGCUGCUCUACAUAACUAGUGUAAUGUUGUUUACUGGACUAACUUGGGGUGGAUCUGUUAACCUCAUGACUCAUAAUUACACUGUAUACCUUAACCAGGUUACUGUGCACAUAUAAAGGAAUCUGCCCUUUCAUGUACUGUUUGUUUUU